CCAGCGCCGGCACCUCAAAGAGAAGGCCGAAGCUCGAAAGGAGUCAGCCAAGGAGAAGCAGCUGAAGGAGGAAGAGAAGAUCCUAGAAAGCGUGGCAGAGGGCCGAGCUUUGAUGUCGGUGAAGGAGAUGGCAAAGGGCAUCACCUACGACGACCCGAUUAAAACCAGCUGGAGAGCACCUCGUUACAUCCUGGGCAUGUCGGAGGCACGGCACGAUCGUGUGCGCAAGAAGUACCACAUCCUGGUGGAGGGGGAGGGCAUCCCGCCUCCCAUCAAGAGCUUCAAGGAGAUGAAGUUCCCAGCAGCUAUCCUGAGGGGCCUGAAGAAAAAAGGGAUCCAGCAGCCCACACCGAUACAGAUCCAAGGCAUCCCCACGAUCCUCUCGGGAAGGGACAUGAUUGGCAUUGCGUUCACUGGCUCUGGGAAGACCUUGGUGUUCACCCUCCCGGUGAUCAUGUUCUGCCUGGAGCAGGAGAAGAGGCUGCCAUUUUCCAAGCGAGAGGGACCCUACGGACUCAUCAUCUGUCCCUCGCGUGAGCUGGCCCGGCAGACCCACGGCAUCAUCGAGUACUACUGCCGCCUGCUGCAGGAGGACGGGCUGCCCCCGCUGCGCUGCGCCCUCUGCAUCGGAGGCAUGUCCGUCAAGGAGCAGAUGGAGACAAUCAAACAUGGUGUGCACAUGAUGGUGGCAACCCCUGGCCGCCUGAUGGACCUGCUGCAGAAGAAGAUGGUGAGCCUGGAUAUUUGCCGUUACUUGGCCUUGGAUGAGGCUGACAGAAUGAUCGAUAUGGGCUUUGAAGGGGACAUCCGUACCAUCUUCUCCUACUUCAAGGGCCAGCGGCAAACCCUCCUCUUCAGUGCCACAAUGCCCAAGAAGAUCCAGAACUUUGCCAAGAGCGCCCUGGUGAAGCCCAUCACCAUUAACGUUGGGCGAGCGGGUGCUGCCAGCCUGGAUGUUGUGCAGGAAGUGGAGUACGUGAAAGAGGAGGCCAAGAUGGUGUACCUCCUGGAGUGCCUGCAGAAGACCCCACCACCAGUGCUCAUCUUCGCAGAGAAGAAGGCAGAUGUUGAUGCGAUCCACGAGUACCUGCUGCUCAAGGGUGUGGAAGCUGUGGCCAUCCAUGGAGGGAAAGAUCAGGAGGAACGGACAAAAGCCAUCGAGGCCUUCCGGGAUGGGAAGAAAGAUGUCCUGGUUGCCACUGAUGUUGCUUCCAAGGGCCUGGAUUUCCCAGCCAUCCAGCACGUCAUCAACUAUGACAUGCCAGAGGAGAUUGAGAACUACGUUCACCGUAUCGGGCGCACAGGCCGUUCGGGCAACACUGGCAUUGCCACCACCUUCAUCAACAAGGCCUGCGAUGAGUCGGUGCUGAUGGACCUCAAGGCCCUGCUCCUGGAGGCAAAGCAGAAGGUGCCGCCUGUGCUCCAGGUGCUGCACUGUGGGGAUGAGACCAUGCUGGAACUCGGAGGUGAGCGGGGCUGUGCCUUCUGCGGCGGCCUGGGCCAUCGCAUCACCGACUGCCCCAAGCUGGAGGCCAUGCAGACCAAGCAAGUCAGCAACAUCGGCCGCAAGGACUACCUGGCCCACAGCUCCAUGGACUUCUAGCCCGGGGAGCAUGCCGCCCGGCGCUCCCCCUGUGC